AUGGAACAGGAUCCUAAUAAAAUUAUCAAGGUGCUUGCCUCAGAUGGAAAGUCUGGCGACCAACAUGAAAUUGCAUACACCGGUUGCCGCAUCAUCGGGAACGGGAGUUUCGGUGUCGUGUUCCAAGCCCGCCUUGUAAAAUCCAGCGGCGGGCCACUGGACGAGGCGGAAAUGGACAAUACACCGGAAGCGAGUGAUAGCAUUGCCAUCAAAAAGGUACUUCAGGAUAAGCGGUUCAAGAACCGUGAAUUGCAAAUUAUGCGCGUGAUCAAACACCCCAAUGUGGUGGACCUGCGCGCCUUCUUUUACACGAAUGGCGAAAAGAAGGACGAGGUCUAUUUGAAUCUUGUCCUUGAGUAUGUUCCCGAAACUGUGUAUCGUGCUACACGUCAUUAUACCAAGGUGAAGCAGACCAUGCCUAUGCUCCUUGUGAAGCUUUACAUGUACCAGAUUCUACGCAGCUUGGCUUAUAUUCAUUCUCUCGGCAUUUGCCAUCGUGACAUUAAGCCGCAAAAUCUUUUGCUGGAUCCUCGCACUGGUGUGCUCAAGCUGUGUGAUUUUGGAUCCGCCAAGAUUCUCGUGCCGGGUGAGCCGAACGUAAGCUACAUUUGCUCGCGCUAUUACCGAGCUCCCGAGCUGAUUUUCGGCGCAACCAACUACACUACAAACAUUGAUAUAUGGUCGACCGGCUGUGUUAUGGCGGAGCUUAUGCAUGGCCUGCCACUCUUUCCCGGAGAGAGCGGCAUUGACCAGCUAGUGGAGAUCAUCAAGGUUCUGGGCACGCCGUCUCGCGACCAAAUCAAGACGAUGAACCCGAACUAUAUGGAGCACAAAUUCCCGCAAAUUCGCCCGCAUCCAUUCUCCAAGAUUUUCCGGCCACGCACGCCGGCCGAUGCGAUUGACUUGAUUACAAACCUGCUUCAAUACACUCCGCAGGCCCGGUUAACUGCAAUUGAGGCAUUGUGCCAUCCUUUCUUUGACGAAUUGCGCGACGAGGACGUAAUUCUUUCCAACGGCAGGCCCAUGCCAGAACUUUUCAAUUUCACCAAGGAAGAGCUGUCCGUCCGACCCGACCUUAUCAAACAUCUUGUCCCCCCCCGUGCAGAAAAAGCACUUUUGGAGCAAGGCAUCGACGUGAACAACUUCGAGCCUAUCUCUGCAGAGUCCUUACGCGUACGCUUGGAGUAG